AUGGCGCUACUACGUGGAUUGCUUGGCUUUAACCCAGGAUUCCGGCUAAUCUCUGCCAGGAAUUUCGCAUUAUAUACGCAGUCCAUGCGAAAUUCUAAACAUUACAACUUGUGGUACCCCGUACCGCAAUGGCGUCCUACCUGGGCAAUGUUGUCUUGCUGCACAUUUUCGACAUCAAAUCCAACUGCUACGAAUACAAGAUCUACAAUCACAACUGACGGCCAAGAAGGUGAUGCGACAGUCUUAGAACCUACAGAUGAUGCUGUCGAAAACGAAGGGAAGAAUACCGCUCCAUCCCGUGGUGACCGUAGCAGGAACGACGGUAACCAAGAUCAAUCGCAAGGUACAGAUUCAAAGACCAAAGGUAAGCACAAGUUGUUUCUACCUUUUGGAAUUGUUGGAUCUGCAUCGAUUGUUUUGGCGGGGUACUUCAUAUCUGUAUUCCGCCGUGAAGAUGAGGAACUGAUGACUAUGCUAGAACGUGGAUUAGACCGUAUUGUAGAGCACAUGAACGGUAUGUUCUCCAACGAUGAUGGGCCAUUGCUUCCUGAUGUGAAGGAUCUCAACUAUCCUCCAAACCUCCCGACGCUUGUUGUCGAUCUUGACAAGGUCGUAGCCAAGCUUGAGUACGACCGUCGUACGGGAUGGCAAGUUAAAAAGCGUCCUUUCGCAGACCGAUUCUUCCGCGAGUUAGUAAACUACUAUGAAAUAGUAGUAUGGUCAGAUGAUAAUUAUCCUAUGGCAACGGAUGUCGCCAAUCGUUGGGGGCUACCGGUGAUUGGUUGCAUACACCGUGACCGUUGCACUAAGUUCAAGGGAUCCUACAUAAAGGAUCUCAGCAAGCUCGGUCGUAAUCUGAAUCGUGUUAUACUCGUAGACCACGACAGAAUGGCAUGUAUGCUACAGGAAGAGAAUGCCAUUUUGGUGCGUGAGUUCGACGGCGAUGAAAACGACCGUGAACUUUUGCACUUGCUAGGACUACUGAAAUCUAUCGCUUUAAACCCACAGGAUGUGAAACAACAGCUGAAAAAUCACGGCGGUGGCCUUGAUCGUGAUAUAGGCCGACGUUUCUCGGAGAAGAACCAACAGGACACCGAGCGUGCUAAGGCGAGACAGAGCCUUUCCAAGCUCCUGGGUUUUAAACAUUUCUAA